AUGGUUGGUUGUCGUCGCUGGUUCGAUUGUGUGCCACCAAACAGUCCCCACGAAGGCCAAAAGGGAUGUGGGAUAUUCGUUUGGCCUUCAACGGAUAUCCGACUUCCGUCGACGGAUGUGGGAGAUCCGUUGAAGGCCAAACGGAUAUCUCACAGCCGUUUUGGCCUUUUGAAAUGGCAAGAAACACGCGGUGCAUCUUUUAGUUCUCGAGGAGAGAGUUCGGUGCAGGGCGAAAGUCAGAGAAGAUCUACCUCUUCCGCUCAUAGAAGGCGUGUAGCUCCUGUUGAGGAUGACCCUUAUGUUGAGGAGCGAGCCUUUGAGGAGCAGACAUAUGAGGCGUAUGAGACUCAUGGUCAGGAGGAUGCAUUUUCGGCCCCUGACGACGAUGACGAUGAGGAGGAGCAUGUGAAUGUUCAUAACAUACAGGAGGAUAUCGAUGGAUUUCUUGGAGGUCCACGUGAUGGUUCAUUGCUAACGCACUAUGUUCAACAUGUAACUUAUGCUAUUUCACAAGGCGGGGAUCGAGGGGACAUACUGAAGUUGAUCUCUCACAGAAAAAAAGUAAAUAAGUUAGGACCAUGCCACAAGGGAAUUCAACACAUUGUGUUGAAUUCCAGUUUGAUGCCUCUCACAGAGAUUUGUUAUGAUUACGUUGAUAAGGGCUUACUCCUCAGAUUCAUAGAGAGGUGGCAUUUCGAGACCAGUAGUUUCCAUCUCCCUAUAGGGGAGAUGUCGGUUACUCUUGAUGAUGUCUCGACAUUACUUCACCUGCCCGUGAUGGGACAAAUGUGUGAUUUGGAGGAGUUGGAGUUUGAGGAGGCUCGCACAACCCUUGUACAGCUGCUCGGCGUUGAUGGUGGCAUAGCUGGUGCUGAGAUGGAGGACGCACGUGGUCUGAAAGUUAGACUCAGCUGGCUUAGAGAUAUAUAUGUUCAGAGAGACGUACACGCGUGUGACAGAUAUGCCUGUGGUGUUGCUGCACUCGCCCAUUUGUACGAGUAUCUCGGGGAUGCGAGUCUUGCCUCCACGAAGCAGAUGGCCAAAUAUUUGACUCUAUUUCAGAGUUGGAUAUACGAACAUUUCCCUAGCAUGGGAAGGAGGCGGUUGGUGACUUCUUACGAUGAUACCACACAACGUGCCAUGAGGUGGCAGAGCCUUAGGCAGAGUUCCACUAUCGCGGAGAUUCGGUCACAGUUGGAUGCGUUGACAUACAGUGGAGUUGUAUGGCAUCCGUAUGAGAGGCAUCAGGUCAUUCGGCCAUUCUUCGGCAUCUAUAUGUAUUUUGGAUGGAUUCGGAUUGGUGAGACCCUUUGUCGUCAUUUGCCUGAGCGUGUGCUGAGGCAAUUUGAGUUUCAGCAAGACAUUCCACGAUCACCGACUGCGGUUCCAAAUGCAGAUAUAUUGGCCAUUGAUCAUAUGACGCGCGACCGGCUCUUGCGCCUAGAUAGUGCCCCGAUGUUCCACAAGAGGUGCUACCCCAUCGUAGACCGUCUCCACCUUCAUCAUCUAACGUCCUGGGUUUAUUCACACCUGGAGGACGCACCACUGCACCAAUAA